ACUCAACUGAAAUUCAAGUUCUUAACUUUGGUAUAUUGGUACAAUCUACAAACGGCCACACUCGCGCAAAAAAAAAUCAAAGCCAGUUGAAAAAACUUGUAAACAAUCUUUGAAAAACGCCAUCAAAAUGGUUAAAAACGAGCCCAACUUUGUGGUGGAGCGCAUCAUGGAUAAGCGGAUCACCAGCGACGGUAAAGUUGAGUACUUCAUCAAAUGGCGCGGCUACACGUCGGCGGACAAUACCUGGGAGCCUGAGGAGAACUGCGAAUGUCCAAACCUUAUCCAAAAAUUCGAGGAGUCCCGGGCCAAGUCCAAAAAGCGCGGCGAAAAAAAGCCCAAGUGCGAGGAGAUCCAGAAGCUGCGUGGCUACGAGCGCGGCCUGGAGCUGGCGGAGAUUGUAGGAGCCACGGAUGUAACGGGUGACAUUAAGUACCUGGUGCGCUGGCAGUUCUGCGAUGAGUUCGAUCUCGUACCCAGCAGCCAGUUGUCGGAGAAGGAUCCGCAGAUGCUGAUUGCAUACUACCAGAAGAUGGCUCCGUACACCCGUCACAUUGCGCGCCGGAUGAAGGGUGUGCCGGAGGAGUUGCGAUCGGUGGCCUCCCGCACUAGCUAUCCCCACAUUAGCAGUGCUCCCGUUGAAGUUCAUCCAGAGGUGGAUCAGGCAUCGGGUUUGGUGGGGCAUCUCGGCGUCAUGCCCCAGGUUGACCAGGUACCGCAGCACCCCAUGGAUCUCGCUGAUGACCCCGACGACCUGGCCAGCGUUUCCUAUUCGAUUCCAGUGGCCGGCGUUGGCGACAUUGGCAUCGAUGUGCCCAUGGAGGAUCAAUAAGCACGUUAACGCAGAUUCAUUCACUCAAUGUUUAAUCUUAGUCCCUAAGCUAACCUAUAUGUAAAGCUAUCUGAAUCCGAUAGGCUCGUCCAGAUUGAUACGGCCCAGUUGUCCGCUCCGAAAAAAGUGAAUAAACUUUCGCGCGGCCGCCAAUAAAUUUGUCAUCACCUCGA